CUGUUAGGUAUGUUGUGUGGGAUUUUUAAUAAAUAAUCUGAAAUAUAUGAAAAUAUAUCUCGUUGAAUGUGUGGCUAGUUCUCCAAUUAUUAUUGAGGCUUCCUGAAGUUGCGGAUGUGACGUAGGAAACGUACGAACCGGUAUGAACGCCAUCAAAAAAAUGCGCAUGUCAGGCGUGCGUAUUGGCCUGAAACUCGAGUAGACAACUUGAUUCAAAUUCACGCACGAAGCGUGGAAAGUAGUCGACCAGCAACAUGAACGAACCGGGACGCCUUCCCCCGCCGGACUUUGACUGUCCUCCUUCGAGCUCUAUCCAGUCGUUCCACCAGCAGCAGGCCCGCGCCACCAGCUUCCACCCAAACAUGUGGACCUGGGCGGACACGCCGUCCGAGCCCAGCCGGGACCAGGCCGGCGGUGGUUCAGGCCGGUGGAACUGGGAAGCGGCGGGACCUGGCUUCGGCUUCCAAUCGGGCCGUGGGAACCCAGGCUGUAAACGCCCGUUUAGUCAGAACUUUGGCCAUGUGUCAUAUCAAGGUGGAUAUCCAGGUGAAAGACAGAACUACGGAUCUAACCAAAAUGGAAGAAAGGCAAAGAAUAAGAAAGAACCAGAAUAUCCCCAUUUUUGUGACACUUGUGACAGAGGAUUCAAAAACCAAGACAAGUACAAUGAACAUGUUUCUCAACAUGUGAAGUGUUCUGUGCCCGACUGUAGCUUCAUGGCUCAUGAAAAAUUAGUCAAUAUUCACUGGAAAAAUAACCAUGCACCGGGAGCCAAAAGAAUUAAGCUGGACACACCAGAGGAGAUUUCUAAAUGGAGAGAGGAGAGGCGCAAAAACUAUCCAACGAUUCAAAAUAUCGAGAAGAAGAAAAAGGUUGUGGAGUUGCGUGAGGAGACGGGUGGCGUUCUGGAAACCGCUCAGUUCGGGCGAAUGAGAGGCAGAGGCAGAGGUCGAGGUCGUGGGUGGUGCAAUAGGGGGUUCCGGGGACGACACCCACAGGGUCCCUCCUCUUUAGAAAACGGUGCUACAGAGAUGAAUAAACCCACCAACCAGUUCUCCAGGGACUGGGAUCCACUGGGAAUGCUGGCCAGCUGUGACCAUGAAUCUGACAAGGAAGAACCAGCUCAGGAAUCCGGGAAAGGUGGCUUGGUUGUGCCCCCGAAACAAAUGAGCUCAGCUCUUGGGUCGCUCCUGGCCAACUAUGGCGCCAUGAGUGAGAGCGAAAGUGAUGAGGAGCCAGAGGCCGCUCCAAUUCAAAGAGCCAGCGAGCUAGUUCAGGAGAACCAGGCCAUCCUGAGCAGAGUGCCGCCCAGCUCUCAAGACCGUGGGCCCUUUACAUCGUUGGACAGCAUAGCAGGUGGCACAAAGACUCAGCCUGGGACACAUCCUGAUUUUGGCAUUAAUGCGCAGAACAACAGAAGAGGAAGAGGAGGAAGAGGAGGGAGAGGAGGCAGAGGAGGAAGACAUCAGCAUGCAUCACAGACACGUCGACCUACACUAUUAGAAAUGCUGCUGGCCCCAGACAUCCGCCAUGAGAGGAAUGUCCUCCUGCAAUGUGUUCGCUUCGUUGUCCGCAAAAACUUCUUUGGGCUGGAGAGCCGACCUCAGAAUCAGGCCGGGAUAGUGGACCAAAGUGCGCCGGCUACCCGAACUGCUGAGCACAAGGUAGUUCAGAAGGAGACAUUAGAAACACCAACAACAGUCAGCCGCGUGGCCCAGCUGGCCUCACCUGCCGCAAACGGUGGCACGGUGGUUCCAGAGGUGGAAAACCUGGACAGUUUGGAAAUGAGAAAAGUUGUUGUCGGCGAGUGUCAAGAUUCGCUGAGCAACCAAGUGUGCACAAAAUUAUGUAUUAAGCCUGUAGCAGAGUCUUCAUCAAGCACAGAUUCCAUACAUGAUGCAGAAGAGACUACAAUUAAAGACCACCAGUCUAAUUGUUUGACCACUGCAGGGAAAACCCCAUCCCCUCCUAAUAGUUAUGAUGAUGAGAUAUGGGAGUGUUGUACUGCCGUUUUCUAAAAUAGCUAUAUUGCCCUGUGAUUUAAUGUCGGUUUGUUUGAGUGUAUAAACUUGAUAUGUUAUUCUCCUGAAAUUGUGAUUUCGGUUCGAUUUUGUUUUGUAACGGUGGAGCAAUCAUACAAAGGUUUUUUUUUUCCACUUUUUUUGCAAAAUAAA